AUGCUGCUGCUGCUGCUGCUGCUGGCGCCACUCUUCCUCCGCCCCCCGGGCGCAGGCGGGGCGCAGGCCCCCAACGCCACUUCGGAAGGUUGCCAGAUCAUACACCCGCCCUGGGAAGGGGGCAUCAGGUACCGGGGCCUGACUCGGGACCAGGUGAAGGCUAUCAACUUCCUGCCUGUGGACUAUGAGAUUGAGUAUGUGUGCCGGGGGGAGCGCGAGGUGGUGGGGCCCAAGGUCCGAAAGUGCCUGGCCAACGGCUCCUGGACAGAUAUGGACACACCCAGCCGCUGUGUCCGAAUCUGCUCCAAGUCUUACUUGACCCUGGAAAAUGGGAAGGUUUUCCUGACGGGUGGGGACCUCCCAGCUCUGGACGGAGCCCGGGUGGAUUUCCGGUGUGACCCUGACUUCCAUCUGGUGGGCAGCACCCGGAGCAUCUGUAGUCAGGGCCAGUGGAGCACCCCCAAGCCCCACUGCCAGGUGAAUCGAACGCCACACUCAGAACGGCGCGCAGUGUACAUCGGGGCGCUGUUUCCCAUGAGCGGGGGCUGGCCAGGGGGCCAGGCCUGCCAGCCCGCGGUGGAGAUGGCGCUGGAGGACGUGAAUAGCCGCAGGGACAUCCUGCCGGACUAUGAGCUCAAGCUCAUCCACCACGACAGCAAGUGUGAUCCAGGCCAAGCCACCAAGUACCUGUACGAGCUGCUCUACAACGACCCUAUCAAGAUCAUCCUCAUGCCUGGCUGCAGCUCCGUGUCCACGCUGGUGGCCGAGGCUGCCAGGAUGUGGAACCUCAUUGUGCUUUCCUACGGCUCGAGCUCACCAGCCCUGUCAAACCGGCAGCGUUUUCCCACAUUCUUCCGAACGCAUCCAUCAGCCACACUGCACAACCCUACCCGUGUGAAGCUCUUUGAAAAGUGGGGCUGGAAGAAGAUUGCCACCAUCCAGCAGACAACUGAGGUCUUCACUUCGACUCUGGAUGACCUGGAGGAACGAGUGAAGGAGGCUGGAAUCGAGAUUACUUUCCGCCAGAGUUUCUUCUCAGAUCCAGCUGUGCCUGUCAAAAACCUUAAGCGCCAGGAUGCCCGAAUCAUCGUGGGACUUUUCUAUGAGACUGAAGCCCGGAAAGUGUUUUGCGAGGUGUACAAGGAGCGUCUCUUUGGGAAGAAGUAUGUCUGGUUCCUCAUCGGGUGGUAUGCUGACAAUUGGUUCAAGAUCUAUGACCCGUCUAUCAACUGCACAGUGGACGAGAUGACCCAGGCAGUGGAGGGGCACAUCACCACUGAGAUUGUCAUGCUGAACCCUGCCAAUACCCGCAGCAUUUCCAACAUGACAUCCCAGGAAUUUGUGGAGAAACUAACCAAGCGCCUGAAAAGACACCCUGAGGAGACAGGAGGCUUCCAGGAGGCACCGCUGGCCUACGAUGCCAUCUGGGCCUUGGCGCUGGCCCUGAACAAGACAUCCGGAGGGGGUGGCCGGUCCGGCGUGCGCCUGGAGGACUUCAACUACAACAACCAGACCAUUACUGACCAAAUCUACCGGGCAAUGAACUCCUCGUCCUUUGAGGGUGUCUCUGGCCACGUGGUGUUUGAUGCCAGCGGCUCUCGGAUGGCGUGGACGCUCAUCGAGCAGCUGCAGGGUGGCAGCUACAAGAAGAUUGGCUACUAUGACAGCACCAAGGAUGAUCUUUCCUGGUCUAGGACGGAUAAGUGGAUCGGAGGGUCCCCCCCAGCUGACCAGACCCUGGUCAUCAAGACAUUCCGCUUCCUGUCACAGAAACUCUUUAUCUCCGUCUCGGUUCUCUCCAGCCUGGGCAUUGUCCUAGCUGUUGUCUGUCUGUCCUUUAACAUCUACAACUCACAUGUCCGUUAUAUCCAGAACUCGCAGCCCAACCUGAACAACCUGACUGCCGUGGGCUGCUCGCUGGCGCUAGCUGCUGUCUUCCCCCUUGGCCUGGAUGGCUACCACAUCGGCAGGAACCAGUUCCCCUUUGUCUGCCAGGCCCGCCUCUGGCUCCUGGGCCUGGGCUUUAGUCUGGGCUACGGCUCCAUGUUCACCAAGAUCUGGUGGGUCCACACGGUCUUUACAAAGAAGGAGGAAAAGAAGGAGUGGAGGAAGACCCUAGAGCCCUGGAAGCUGUAUGCUACGGUGGGCCUGCUGGUCGGCAUGGACGUCCUCACUCUCGCCAUCUGGCAGAUUGUGGACCCUUUGCACCGGACCAUUGAGACGUUCGCCAAGGAGGAACCGAAGGAAGAUAUUGACGUCUCUAUCCUGCCGCAGCUGGAGCACUGCAGCUCCAAGAAGAUGAACACGUGGCUCGGCAUUUUCUAUGGUUACAAGGGGCUGCUGCUGCUGCUGGGAAUCUUUCUUGCUUAUGAGACCAAGAGUGUGUCCACUGAGAAGAUCAAUGACCACCGAGCUGUGGGCAUGGCCAUCUACAAUGUGGCGGUCCUGUGCCUCAUCACUGCCCCUGUCACCAUGAUUCUGUCCAGCCAGCAGGACGCAGCCUUCGCCUUUGCCUCUCUUGCCAUAGUUUUCUCCUCCUACAUUACUUUGGUUGUGCUCUUUGUGCCCAAGAUGCGCAGGCUGAUCACCCGAGGGGAGUGGCAGUCCGAGGCGCAGGACACCAUGAAGACAGGGUCAUCCACCAACAACAACGAGGAGGAGAAGUCCCGGCUGCUGGAGAAGGAGAACCGUGAACUGGAGAAGAUCAUUGCCGAGAAAGAGGAGCGCGUCUCUGAACUGCGCCAUCAGCUCCAGUCUCGGCAGCAGCUCCGCUCCCGGCGCCACCCCCCUACACCCCCAGACCCUUCUGGGGGCUUGCCCAGGGGGCCCCCUGAGCCCCCCGACCGGCUUAGCUGUGAUGGGAGUCGAGUCCACUUGCUUUACAAGUGAGGGGCGUGUGAGGGAGGACAGGCCACUUUGGGGGUGGGGAGAGAGAGAUGGAAGGGGGGGACUCGGGAAGGCAGGGUCUCCUAUCCCCAGGGGAAGGUCCAAUCCCAUCUCUUGUAAAUACAUGUCCAUCUGCGAGUCCUGGGCUUAUUUGGGUCUCUAAUACCUCUGGGAAACAGACCUUUUUCUCUCUCUCCAUUCAUGUAGUCUUAUAUCACUGCUUCCUCAUUUAGUUUGUCUCUGUUUGGAGCUGCUCACUCCCUGCCUCCUCAGCCGCCUCCCUGCAUCCUCCUCUCCCGUCUGCUUCUCUUCCCUGUGCCUGGUCCCACCCAGCGGGGUCUCCUGACAAGUGCUCUUCCCACCCCUGCAGGGGCCUUCCCUUUUCUCUGUCUCAAUCUCUCUCCGUCCUCCUUGCCCUUCCACACAGGCCCACGUUUUGUUCCCCCGGAAUUUGGCUUCUUCUGGGGACUCAUUCUACUUGCCAGGCUCACUUGCUCCUGCCCCUGCCCUGGGUGCCCGCGCUGGCCACACACACGCAUCCUCCCCUCUCCCGCUUGUGCCCCUCCUCACGCUCAUGUGCACACGCGCUUUCCGAGUGCUGUCUUCAUGCUCGGUCACGUGCUCACCUGCACGCCCCGCACUCAUAGCUACAUGUGCUCCUCUCACGGUCAUGGGUUGGCCCUUGUGUGUGUCUGGGUAGGUGCGUGCAAUUCGUCUAGCAUGCUGAGUCAUGUCUCUCCUACUUGCACACAGCCAUGUUUAUCCAUGUGUUUUCCCUGUGUACCCUCAAUGUACCUUGUGUACCUUCUUUCCUUUGCACCUUAAAAUCGCCAUAUUCCUCCAGCAGAGCCACGUGCACCCGCCCUGCACAGUGUCAUAUGCACUCUGCCCCCGUUCACGCUUGGCGGGGCCAUGCGCGCCCUCCCUCCUCACAGAAUCUCAGUCUCUGCUCGGACUCCCCCUCUCUGUCCACUCGUGUCCCACCCUCAGUCUGCACUCACAGUCAUCCUCUCCCAAGAUUGCUCCUUUCAUUUUGUGUUUUUUGAGGGGAAUUAAGGGAAAAGAAAUGGGGGCAGGUUUGGAGAUCUGCUUCCAGUGGAUCGUUGGUGAGACUCCUGACCAAAGGAGGGCACCUGGGACUGCUGGGAUGGACAGGUGGACCGACGGGGCGGACGGUGGCGUCCCUUUCACACUGUGGUGUCUCUUGGGGAAGGACCUCCCCAAAGCUCAAUAAACCAGUGAACAGUG